UUGUUUCUCAUCGCGGGCCAUAACUAACUAUCGAGCAUUUCUACUUGUCAUCAUUCAGCUCUGCGGCAUUUAAUUUAAAAGUCAUGUUUCGCAACCAAUAUGAUAGCGAUGUUACGGUGUGGAGUCCGCAAGGGCGCCUGCAUCAGGUGGAGUAUGCAAUGGAGGCCGUGAAGCUCGGAACCGCAACUGUAGGCCUGAAAAAUAGGGAAACUGCAGUGCUUGUUGCCCUGUGCAAGCCGACAUCGGAGCUGUCGGCCUCCCAGCGUAAGAUAAUCCCCAUUGAUGAUCACCUGGGUAUAUCAAUCGCUGGAAUUACGGCAGAUGCCCGUGUGCUUAGCCGGUACUUGCGAUCUGAGUGCCUGAACUAUAAGCAUUCGUACGACUCCACCUAUCCGGUGUCCCGGCUGAUUACAAACCUGGGAAACAAAAUGCAGACCACCACUCAGCGCUACGAUCGCCGUCCGUAUGGAGUGGGUCUACUGGUGGCCGGCUACGACGAGAACGGGCCACACGUCUUUCAGGUCACGCCAUCUGCGACCUUUUACAAUUGCAAAGCAAAUUCAAUUGGAUCGCGCUCGCAAAGUGCACGCACCUAUUUGGGCAAGAAUCUGGACACGUUUUUGGACUGCUCCAAUGAUGAUAUCAUCUGCCACGGCAUACUGGCUAUUCUCGGAUCCCUGCCCACAGAUGAGCACCAGAGCAAAGAAAAUACAGCUCAGUUUAAUAUCACUGUGGCUAUCGUCGGCAAAAAUCAGCCAUUUAAAAUUCUUUCAGAACAAGAAAACGAGAAAUAUCUAAGGAUGGCCAAGGAAAAGGGAGCUCCUGCUGAUCCACCCAGGAACGACGAUGACGAUGACCGCCCAUCCACUUCAGACCAACCAGAUGCGGGACCACGCGACCCAGAAGUCCUUGUUGCCACGGAGCAGCGCCCUUAGGUUCUUGUUUGAGAAUAAAAUCAUCAUAACCCUUAAAAAAUGUAAGAUGGAAGGAUACAAUAAAAUUGUUCAUGCAUUUGCAUAGAUCUUAACACGGAAA